AUGGAAGCUGCAAUAAGAUGGUCGCCGCACUCGACACGAGACAACCCUCGCUUCUUGAUCAUCGAUGUCGCGGGUAAUAGGCUACGUCUGUGUCAAAUCGAAGAGUUCAGUAAGAGCAAGGUCAACUAUAAGCAGAUAUGCAUCCGAGAUAAGCUGCCAAACUACACGGCCUUCGACUGGUCCAAGAAGGAUCCGAGCGUGGUUGCUGUGGGUUCUGCUUCUGGAGAGGCUACCAUCGUUACAUUGGAUCCGGACAAGCCCGAUCACGACUACAUCCACUCGUUUUCGAUACGACACCAGAGGAAAUGCAACUCUAUCGCUUUCAGCGCUAAGAAUCUACUUGCUACGGGGCUGGAUAGAGUCAGGAAUGAUGUCUGUCUCAACAUCUACGAUAUGAACGACUCGCGAGUCACAGCCAAGGAUGAACCGUACAAGAAGCUGGCGAGCUCAGAAGCCAUCUCUAGCAUCAAGUUCUUCAACGGACAGCCUGACAUGCUCGUCGCGGGUGUCUCCAGGCAAUACGUGCGCAUUUACGAUCUCAGAGACCCGUUGGACGAAAACUACUUUCUAUCAGCGGGGACGGCAGGAGACCCAACUGUGACUGUUUGGGACACACGCUUCGUCAAGCAACGAGUAGCGUCCAGCGAUAGUGCGGGAGGAGGCGCCGUCCUGGAGUUCAAGCCAGUCGUGGACAAUUCACAGUCGGCUUCUAUAUGGAGUCUUCGGUACUCUGGUACCAAGCGAGGAACAUUCGGAGUACUUGCGAAUACUGGAGAAUUCAAAAUCAUCGAAUUAGCACAGCACUCUCAUCAGCCUUCCGAGACAGCAGAUACACCUUUCGCUCGAGCAUGGGCGUCUCCAUACUACACCAAAGCCACACAUCAUCUACGCUAUGCCUCACACGACAAACUCCAUCGGCACGAUGAGAAAGAGCGCGUCGUGGCAUACGACUUUAUGACUACUGGAAACCCGCUCGGUGGACAAUGUGCUUUGGCUCUACAUUCAAAUCGAGAAGUCGAAGUUCUCAGAGUACCACCAAUACCACCUCGUAUCAACAUCAGCGCGCUGGAAGAGAUAUACAAAGAUCGCACCUGCAUCGCUAGGCCGACUUCGCCAUAUGGUACGGUAGCAGAGGAUCUAAUCCAGGUACAAAACAGAGCACUAGGCGACAAGUACGAUAUCGAACAUGAUCACAAACCCAACCUCUCCGCCAGCAUCGAUAGACUCAGCCUCAGCAACAGCCAACGAAGCCUACCUCUUUUGUCGACAGAACACCCCAGCCAUCACAUGCAUGAGGACCUUCUCGAACUUGCGUUCCCUGAGUUCAAGAUUCCCCUCUCUGAUUAUUUAGCCGUCCUCCAAGCACCCAAACGACGUGUCCAGGAAGGCUAUUCCCUCGAUUGUGCUAAGAAUAAGGCUAUUGUUCAUAACGAUCCCUGGCUGGUCGAUGUGUGGACACUGAUCGAUCGCAUGGAUGCACAUGCCGCAGGGGAUGGCAUGGUGGGCAACGGUCUCGAUCUCAAAUAUCUGGGAGUCAGCUCAAUAUGGGCAAACGAACUGACGAUGUACGAUGAACGACUCAUUGACCCGGAUACAAAAACAAGCCAAGAGAUGUUCAGCGAUGCAGUUAAAGAGAUAGUCGAAGCCAUGGAAUUCCCCAUUUUCGAAGGCGUGAACACAGAAUAUCCAGAGAACAGGCAAUUAUGUCUCAGUCUCUGCGGCUGGCCCCUCGAGAAAGCCGGCGUAGAGCAAAACUGUCAACGGCUUAUAGAUGAAGGCGAGAUAUACAAAGCGAUCGUUCUCGCCGUCUUCCAGGGACAUAAGGACAUCGCACUAACCCUCCUCCGAGCCAGUCUCACGAGCAAGAGACUUCCACAAGACGACAUCGGCCUCGCAGCCGUCAUAGCCUGCGCCUCGCCCUCCUCUGGCGUCUCAGUCGAGCAAAGAGAAGCCUGUUCCUGGAUGGCCGACAUGACCAGCGACGCCUACCUAAAAUCACUCCUCACCUACUUCAUCACAGGCGACUGGUUCAGCGUAGUCUCGAUGCCGCAACUCACCCUCUCCGACCGCGUAGCCGUCGCCCUCAAAUACCUGCCAGACGCCUCCCUAACCACCUUCCUCACCACCACAACAACAACCGCAACAGCCCAAGGCGACAUCUCCGCCCUCCUCCUCACAGGCCUAACAACGCGCUCCCUUUCCCUCCUCCAAACGCACAUCUCUCACCACCCCACCACCGGCCUACAAAACGCCGUCCUCAUCCUCUCCCGCGCCUGCCCCCUCUACAUCCAAGACCCGCGCUGGACCCUCUGGAAAGACAUGUACCUCGAGCAACAGCAAAUCUGGCGCACCUUCCUCGAGCGCACACGCUACGUCAAGGAACACAAUCUACUCAGUGUAACGCGCGAGGGCAGGAGUUCAACCGAGCUUGACGCUCAGGUGUCUGAAUUGCCAGCAGAAUCUUGCGCUGAGGAAAGAUCCGAGGAGUAG